AUGGCAGAGUUGCCUGCAGUUCUGGGCAAGCCCUUCCAAGCAGGACUGGAAAGGUAUUGCCGCAUUGAACCACCGCUUCGCAAAGAAGAGCUGAAGGAGUUGAAUGCGUUGCUUCUGUCCAAGGGUACUCUGAAUACCAGUAAGGCCAAGUGCAUCGGUAAGGACCGGAAACCCACAGGGCCCUUCAGCGCAUCUGCUGCCAAUGCCAAAGGGGACCACACUGGAUCCAGCAUGUUCGGCAGCUGGCUGCGCGACAACUGCAUCAUUGCAUGGGGGCUCUUCUACACAGACCCAGAGGGAGCAGGAGCAGAGGACUCCGUCGCUUGCAUCAGCUCAAUCGCCAAGUUUCUCUUGACGUACCAGAGUCAUAAGAUGGAACUGGUCAUCAAUGGGCUCAAGGAUGUCAAGGGACCCGAGAAGACUUGGAUGGAUCGACCACACAUUCGCUUCAUUGGCGAGACUGGCUUGGAAGAUCCCAAGUGGUACAAUCACAAGCAGAACGAUGCCCUUGGCUAUUUCAUGUGGGCGCGUACACAGCUCGCAUGGCACAAAAAGUUGCCGUUCAACGGAGAGCAUUUAAAGCUUAUGGGGCAGCUCUUCGACUACCUGCGUGCGAUCGAGUCUUGGGUGGAUUUGGAUGGAGGCCAUUGGGAAGAGCAUUCAGCUGUCCACGCCUCCUCCAUCGGGCCACCCCUGGCAGCGGUGAAGCUCUUCAAAAAGGUGGCAGCCAGAGAUGGCUUCUUGCCUCCCUGCAAAUCUGACACCCUGGAUGUGUUGGAAAAGAACUUGCAGGCGGCACUGUUGAAGAUUCUUCCAGGGGAGAUCACCUUCCCCCCGGAGCUGGCCCGAGAUGCUGAUGCAGCCACCGUUUUCCUGGCCUACCCCUUGGAGGUGGUGGAUGACCAAUUAGGGCUGCAGAUCAUGGACCGGCUGAAGAAGGUCAUGGGACACAUCGGCAUGUGCCGAUACCGGAAGGACAGCUAUUGGUGCAAGGACUACAAAGACAAGGUUGGAGAGGAUCCAACCAAACAUUUCACUGAUGAGGAAUUGAAGGAACGCGACAGGUUGCUUCAAGAUGGUGAGGAGGCACAGUGGUGUCUAUUUGACCCGAUGGUGAGCUGCUUCUAUGGCCGUAUGUACCAGAAAACUCAGGACGAGAAGUACUUAAAGCUCCAGCAGCUUUUUCUCGCAAGGUCGUUGGCUGCCAUAACUGGGGACGAUUGUCCUUUUGGGCCAUGGCAUUGUGCCGAGGCCUACUACCUGGAGAAAGACAGAUGGGUGCCAAAUGAUGACACACCCUUGGUUUGGACGCAGAUUGAUUUGAAAAUGGCACUCUUUGAGAUGGAGAGAAGUCUGAAUGUCUUGAAUUAG